AACCCUGGUGAGCGUCCUCCUCUCACUCUCUCUUUAUAUCCAUGAUCAUGCACUGAAAGACUAUAUCUAGUGAGCUGAUUCAGGACUCGAAACGCCCCUGAGUUGUAUCUGUUGGAUGCAGCAACCCCGAAUGCCUCCAGAGUCGUGAUUUUAUUCUGAUAAACGGAAUAUUCAACCCGACCCCGGACCAAGCUGUUGCUUCUGAGAGCGCCCGUGUCUGAUGAACCUGGAGCGCAGUGAAAGAGGGGAACGCCCUUCUCCUCGAGAUUCGGAGAUGGAGCCUCGUGCUGGGGGAAAGAUGGGGAAGAUAUCAGUGGGCUUCCAGAGGAGCUCCACCUCAGAUGAUGACUCUGGAUGUGCGUUGGAGGAGUAUGCGUGGGUGCCACCAGGACUCAGGCCUGAGCAGGUCCAGAUGUAUUUCUGCUGUCUACCAGAGGAAAAGGUGCCGUAUGUCAACAGUCCCGGAGAGAAGCACAGGAUCCGACAGCUCCUCUACCAGCUGCCGCCGCAUGACAAUGAGGUGCGUUAUUGCCACUCUCUGACUGAGGAGGAAAAGAGGGAGCUUCACAUGUUCAGUGCCCAGAGGAAGAGGGAGGCACUGGGGAGAGGAACACCCAGAAUCCUGCCCAGAGCUCUGCAACACACCCGCUGUGAAAAUUGUGGCAGAGGCAUCAAUGGAGGGGAGAUGGCAAUUUUUGCCUCCAGAGCAGGGCCAAGCCCCUGCUGGCACCCAUCAUGCUUUGCGUGUGCCACGUGUCAAGAACUGCUGGUGGAUCUGAUAUAUUUCUACCAAAAUGGCAAGAUCCUCUGUGGAAGACAUCACGCUGAGCUUCUUAAACCACGAUGCUCUUCUUGUGAUGAGAUCAUAUUUUCGGAUGAGUGCACUGAAGCAGAGGGUCGUCACUGGCACAUGAAGCACUUUGCCUGUUUUGAGUGUGAAACUAUGCUAGGGGGUCAGCGAUACAUCAUGAAAGAUGGCCGGCCCUACUGUUGCGGAUGCUUUGAGUCACUAUAUGCAGAGUACUGCGAGGCCUGUGGUGAAAACAUUGGUGUCGACCAUGCCCAGAUGACCUAUGAAGGUGUACACUGGCACGCCACAGACCAGUGCUUCUGUUGUGCCCAGUGCAAGACAUCAUUGCUGGGCUGUCCCUUCCUGCCAAAGCAGGGUCGCAUCUAUUGCUCAAAGGCCUGCAGCCAGGGGGAAGAUAUUCACGCCUCCGACUCAUCUGAUUCUGCCUUCCAGUCUGCCCGCUCACGUGAGUCACGGCGUAGCGUGCGCAUGGGGAAGAGCAGCAGGCCUGCCGAACAAUGGACACAGUCACAGCUGUUUAACCCCCCUGCUACUGUCCCCUCGUUUGAGUGUAAGCUUGGAGAGGGUGAUGUAGAUGCUGAUUGCGACAUUGGUAUAGUAGGGCGCAAGUUGGCCCGCCUAGGACUGGAGGAGGAGAGGUACUGGAGGGACCGGGAGGAGCAGGAUGGCGGUGGAGAGGAAGAUCCAGAGGAGUGGGCUCAGCAUGAGGACUAUAUGACUCAGCUCCUGCUCAAGUUUGGAGACCGUGGGAUGUUACACCAACUUCAGCAGCCAUCCCCAAAAUCUCCCAGCCCUAGCAGUGACAGAAAAAGGCUAAUACAUGUCUCUGACCCAUGGCUAAAGCCUGAUACCACAACUAUGGGGGUUACUGCCUCCUCUCCCACACCUGCCAGUCCCACCCAGAGCCAGACUUCCAAUCAAUCCCAAGCCAACAGCCUUAGCCCUGGACUGAUAAGCAAAAAGCACCUGCCUGAAAUGUACUGGGCCCAGUCACAGGACGGGUUGGGAGACUCAGCCUAUGGGAGUCAUCCAGGUCCUGCCAGUGCCAGAAAGAUCCAAGAGCUGGAAUUGGACCAGGAUCAGGAGCAAUCUGGGACAGGAAGACAGGCCUUCUGGCCAGACACCAGGCAGUGGUAUGAAGACUCCCUUGAGUGCAUCGCUGAUGAGCUGAGGAAAGCUGAGCAGGGAGCUGGAGACUCCAUGGACUCCCUGGCGCUCUCAAAUAUCACUGGUGCAUCAGUGGAUGGAGAUAGCAGGGAUAGACCUAUAGUCUACACCCUUGCCAUGCAGGAUCCAUCAGUGGCAGAUGACUGUGAGAAGAUGAGCAACAUGGGAACAUUUAAUUCAUCUCAUCUUCACCACAGUGCCAACUCUCUCAACCUUAACAUGGAGAAGGGAGGUGAUGAGGAGGUAGCAUUGGCAAUGAGGGGAGGCACACCAGGAGGACUUCUUUCAUUGUCCCCGCAUUCAGAAGGCCUUCCUCCUUUUGUCCAUGCCCCAGCUCUGAGGAGGAGCAAGUCCCAGUCCAGACCUCCUCAGAUGGUCAAGUUCUCAGAAGACACUGUAGACAAUGGCUAUAAUGAUGGGUUUGAUGUCAAUAUUAGGAAGCAUCCUAUGAGUGAGAAGCCACAGCGGAGGGCGUACUGCCCAGAUGAGAUGGGCCGAGAAAGAAGCCGCCCAUCGAGCCACCAUGGGCGCAGCAGGCAGCACCACCACCGGCAAGGCCGGCACCACAGGAGCCACAAAACCCGCUCAGACAACAACCUUCACAUGGUGCCUUUGGAGAAAGCACAGAGGCUGUAUGAGCCCCAGCAGCAGGGUCUAGUAAGCCCAUCUUGUGGUGCCAUGCUUCUACAGCAUCCCGCACACAGGCUGCCCUUGGCCUUCUCCCAAACCCGAUCUGACUAUAUGCCUCAGAGCUCAGCUCAAGACCCACGGGUUGAGCAUUUCAUGGGUCUCUACAGAGAUGAGGAUGACAGUUGCUCCACAUGCUCCUCCUCCUCAUCAGACUCUGAGGAGGAAGGCUAUUUCCUGGGCCAGCCAAUUCCUCAGCCUCGAGCAGCUUCUCGCUACUAUGCUGAAGACUACCCAACAAGGGUUACAGCCCUCUCUUCCCAGAGUCUUGGCUCACAGACUGGUCGCAGAAAGAGCCACCGCUCCAAAAACUGUAUCAUCUCUUAACAGUUCAGAGUGUAUUUACAUUAUAAUCUGCACUACACUAAGCAAUAAAGUCAGAUUUUCUGAUCAUGUGGUUUUUGCGGAUCAAAUCUGAGUUUGGAAAUGCAGUUUAAAACAACCCAUGAGCACAGAGUGUGUUUAACGCCCUAACUAAAGGUGCAUGACCAAAAGUCAAGAUGCAUAUCAUAUUUUAGGCCCUCUUCUACUGGAAGAACUCAAUUCAAAUUGAUAAGACAGCAAAAGGAAGGUGACAUCUGUGUAACAUUGUCAGAAAAUCUUUAUGUGCAAAUUUGGCCUAGAUACUUUGUCUUACUGAAUUUUAGCACUAAUAUGAUGCAUGGAUUAGCAAAUCUGGUAGUUUCCUUAGACAGUGGAGAGAAAUUAUGCAGAGUGGCAACAUUAAACUUCUUUUUUUCAUUUCAGAAUUUGCCAUUGUUGAGUCAAAAGUUUUGCAGCAAUAUCUUUGUGUGCAUUAAAAUGGAAACACCUUGCACACAGAGGUUGAUAAAGUAGAAAAUAGGAAUGAACCAAAUAAUUAUUUAAUGCAUAAUAGUACAAAAUGAUGUGUAUAUACUAAGUUAAGAUUUUAAUACUGGUAUUUUUAUAUCUGUGGUUUAAAGAAUUGUUUCUUUUGAAGUGUAUAAGAAAUAGCAGAUGUAAUGGUAAACAAACAUACCUCGCUAAUAUUUUGAGAAACAACAAAGAAGGUGCCACUUCAUAAACUGUGUUCUUCGCCAUGUGAAGUGCCAUGUUACUCUGUACCAAUGUCUAUUAUAACAUACAGUAUAUUCCAGUGCUCACAAUCGGUGUACAAAAUAUACAAUGAAUUGCAGUAAUACCUGCAUUUUCCAUAUUCAGCUAAACUGUUCACUACCCUUGCUCUGACAUAACCAGCUAAAUGCUUUGUGAUGGAUGCUUGUAAUAAAUAUUUUUCUCCUCUCAAA